UGUGUGGACCUUUUCACAAAAAUGACUGGGCGUCCAAGAGGAGGCCAAAACGCAAUUCGAUCAACGCCAAUCACUUAGCGACCCUGACACCAUGCACCUCAUGUACUACCUCGGCGACGACGGCAAGCGCGUCUACACGCUCAAGAAGGAGACGCCUGCUGGUACCCCGACAUGCUCUGCGCACCCGGCUCGUUUCUCGCCUGACGACAAGUUCUCCAAGGAGCGCAUCACCACCAAGAAGCGCUUCGGCCUGCUGCCCACGCAGUCGCCCGACCCGAUCUUCCAGUAAGAGUCGCAGUCGAUGAUCGUUUGUGGAGGAAGCGUCAACGCCAUGGCUGCCUGGUGUCUAAAGCAAUUAGGCGACCACAAGCAGUGCUGUAGAUUUAUAGACCUAACGUAAUAACAAGCCUAGUAACCUCAACGACGUCGACGGUGCUUUCGUCGGUAAGCAGCAAAGACAACUGCCGACUCCAAUUCUCUCUAUACUUAUUACAACUGUCAUCAAGUUUGAAAGCAACGAUUAAACCAUUAUAAGUUGCAAUACAUCGAUCUUAUUGAAAAGAACAUAU